AUGUCUACCUAUAUCCUGGGUGUAGACGUGGGCACCACUUCGGUAAAAGCCGUGUUAUUAGAAAGUGGCUCCAGAGCGGUGGCUGCGAGUCACACUUUGCCAACUACGUCUGAUAUAAUCGACAAUAGCGGGAUAAAGGCGAAAGAGCAGAAUACUGGCCGGAUCAUAGACACUCUGAACCGGUGCAUCCGCCUGCUGCCCAGAGACAAACUGCAGCAUGUCGGCAGCAUUGGGCUUUCUGGACAGAUGCACGGGGUUUUAUUCUGGAAAGCAAAGAGCGGUUGUGAUUGGUCCAACAGGGACUUCUUCACAGCCAGGGACACCAGUCAGCUGAUCACCUGGCAGGAUGGGCGAUGCAGCAGUAACUUCCUGUCCUCUCUUCCAAAACCACACUCACAUCUCAGCUUAGCUGCGGGUUUUGGCUGUACAACAAUCUUCUGGUGCAUGAAACACAGGCCCGAGUUCCUCAAGGACUUCACAGUUGCAGGUACCAUCCAGGACUAUGUGGUGUCCAUGCUGUGUGGUUUGGACCGGUGUGUGAUGACGCCUCAGAAUGCAGCCAGCUGGGGCUUCUUCAACACUUCCUCCAACCAGUGGAAUAUAGACAUUCUGAAGGGUGCCGGCUUCCCUUUGCACCUGCUUCCUCGGUGUGUGCCAUCUGGAGGCUUGGCGGGACAGACGUGCUCUAAGUGGCAUGGCAUCCCUGCUGGUACGCCAGUAGGUGCCGCCCUGGGAGACUUCCAGUGCUCUGUCUACUCCUGCAUGACUGCGCGGACAGAUGCAGUUCUUAACAUAAGCACCUCAGCCCAGCUGACCUUCGCCAUGCCAGCUGACUUCAAACCUUCAGAUUCUCCCGAACCUGCCUCCUCCAUCUCCUACUUUCCCUACUUUGACGACUCGUACUUGGCGGUGGCAGCUUCACUCAACGGAGGGAAUGUACUGGCUACUUUCGUGGAGAUGCUCACUGCCUGGAUGAAGGAGCUUGGUGCGGAGCUGAGUGAUUCGUGCUUAUAUGAGAAGCUGAUUCAUUGUGCCCUGAAUCAGGAAACGAGCGACCUGAGGGUGAGUCCUACCAUCCUGGGAGAGAGACACAACCCUCUCUGCCUGGGUCAAGUGACCAACAUCUCCGCUACCAAUCUCUCUCUGGGCCAUUUGACCAGGGCACUGUGCCGCGGAGUCCUGGACAACAUCACCUCCAUGAUGCCUGCCGAGCAUCUGCAGCAGGCGGGGGUCAGCAGGAUUGUGGGCAGUGGGAGCGCCAUCGCCCGCAAUGAGGUGCUAAGGCAGGAGGUGGAGAAGGCAUUUCCUCAGCCGGUGGUAUACGGACAAAACGCGGACUCUGCUGUCGGUGUGGCCAUGGUCCUCUGUGACCUACUUUGAAUGAGAGUUGUGAUCCACAGGGGAAUCCCUGUCUGUUUAUGAUUAAUUUAGAGUUUUGCAUACUCCUGAGAACCCAAUCGAAUGGUAUCGCUUUGCUUAAAAAAAAAAAAAAAAAAAAAAAAAAAAGAACAAUCAGACAAACUGCUACAUGCUAAAUGCUACAACAUAUUUUGCUCUGUGAAAGUAAAAGCUGUGUUUGCCAGGACAGGAGUCAAAAACCUUACAUAUGCUGUGACUCUCUAUGUGCAGUGAGGUUUUGAAACUUUUUGGAACAAAAGAUUGCAGCUAUCAAAUGACUCAAACUAACUGAGUGCAGCUACAAAUCCCCCUUCAAAUAUUUAAUUUCACUAUGAUGGAACAGCUAUUAGCAAUAGCCGGGUGUUUCUGGGUGUAUUUUGUUGUUCUGUAUUUUUUGAGAUAACAUGAUGCCGCAAUAGAGUUUUAUAGCAUAAAAUAUUUCAGCAGUUUCAAAUGAUCAGUGGUAAAUUUAGUUGACGUCAGUCCUUAGAAUCAAAGAGCGAGAGCUUUUUCCUAGAGCUGCUAUUCUGCAAAGAUCGUCAUCAUUCAUUAGAAAAAAAUCUACUGUUGAAGAGCUGAUUUCUCCUCUGGCAGCAACCUCAUUAGAGCAGUGUACAGUGCAACAACAACAUUAGCAGUGAAAGACCCACAUUCUGCUAUCACUUAGCUUUACAGUUGGUUUCUGCACCAACACAGAUGUAGUAAGAGUUGAAUGCAACAAGUUCUUGCUCAUUCCCUGCAUGUUGCUGAGCAGCAUAUAAAAUCCAUGAAGUGGAUAGAAAUCACAGCACUGCUGGAGUACUUGGAAGAUCCACAGAUUUAUGAUCCAUAACAGAAUCUCCGUAUUUGGGGGUUGGACUGCUUCUUCAAAUAAAACCAUAGUUACUGCAUGGUUUAUCAGCGAGGCCAGUGAGAUGAGGUGUAGCAACUAUUAACAUUCAAGCAGAAAAAAGGCUGUGAAGGAAAUGCCUUUUCCUUUGGUAUUAUUCAUGGUUUCCAUGUCGUUGCAUUAAAGGAGGUUUCUUCUGAUCUCAGCUCUCUCCUCAUGUCACCUCUACAGUCUGGAGCUGCUUAAGGGGUCGAAUCCAUAGGUUGCUAGAGACCUUGGUGUGUGUGAGACUUUGUAUCUGAUGGAUUUGUUGUAGUGUUCACGUGUACAGGGGCCUGUAUCACAAAGCAAGUCCAACUUUCUCUUAGGCUCGGUAAAGCCAGGUAGCCAUAACGUUGGUGAUCCUGGAUAACCAGCAUCAUGAAGCUGGUUAUCAACUGGCUCAGUUAACUCUGGGUUUUCCAAUCCAGCUUUUGGGCACAUUCAUGUGAAAGAGGCAGAGUUUUUAGUUACAAGCCAAUCACAUGCAGCAUCUUGAGAACCAUGACUAGAGUAUUUGAGAUAUAAAAUGAUGACACCUGGGGGGGAAAUAAGGUUAUUGUAUUAUAUCCAAUAAAUUCACACAACUAGAAUUGCAUAAGAAGCUAUAGAAACAGUAGGAAUAAUAUCCAAAUAGUAAAAGUAAGGCAAAGGCUACAAAUAAGUGUGGGAAUGGUAAAUGGGUCUUUUCAAAUGCCUUUUCUUUUUAAAUAAAAUAUGUUCAGUAGAGUGAGUUUGUAGUGACAUUUGAAUAGUGAUACACUUAAAAACUGUUAAAGUACAGUUUCUGCUGCCAAAGCAUUUAGGAAAAGUACAGAUAGUCUGUGCAAAAAAAGGCCUGAGGUAAAGAAAACAAUGCAUUAUAAGUUGAAUCUGAACAAAAUGUUGCAUUUAUAAUUUACUGAGCUUAUUAAGUGUUUUUUUUUGUUUUGUUUUUUUUUUAAAUAAUAAAAGGGUCAUUGAGUAUACUUUGAACAUCCACGUAUAAUCUACUUGAGUCUAAAAAGAUGUAAUACUCCAAAGUCACCACAUUAUCCUGAGCUGCCGUGAUGGAGUAAGACACUGACACUGUCAGGGCUCCUGUGGGGAAUGAAAAAGUUACUUAGGGCAUUUAAUAUGCAUCUCUAAUCACUAUUUGUGUUUGUUAGAAGCCUUGUUUUAAUACCAGAGUGGGUACAUCUGACAUAAAUAGCAUGGAAAGCAAAGUGAUGCUUCAGAUGUAUAAAAAUGUCACUAUCUUCAUCACUUGUUGCUUUAUAGUAAACUCUGUACUUUUGUCCAUGUCGGGAUCCUGCAGGAUUGAAGUUAACCUGCUUCGGAGCAGGUUAGCCGUGCAGUAUAAGUUACCAUGGUAAUCUGCCUUGGUUAAAAGUGAACCAGUGUCAUGAUACCAGAAAACCAGAGAUAAGCCCAAAGAGAGCCAUCUAACACACUGAUCUUGCGUUGUGGUACAGGCCCCAGGUCAGCACAUUUAUCCAGGAAGGGUUUAGUGAAUAUGAGUUAAUUCACUGCUCAGUUUAUCCCAGCAGAUCUAUAGCGUCAAACAUUCUGCUUUUAUUUUCUUUAAAUUGUAUGCUCCCGUUGUCCCUGUUUUAGGAGAGAGAGGUCUAAGUAGAGGUGAAAUUAAAUUUUUUUUUGUGUUUUAUCAGGGUUUAAUUUAUAUCUGACUACUGCUCUUUCUUUUCCUUCUCUUGAUUUUAAGUCUUAAUCUUCCAUUUAGAAUUUCUGCGACUCACAGAGUGGGUAGAUGUCCUUGAUUUGUGUCCGUUUUUUAAUGUUCAUUUUGCUUUAAGUGCUUGUCAAUUUUGUUUAAAAGAUGAUCUUAAUUUUAUCAGCCGUUGUAGUGUCUUCCCUCUGCUGGUGCUUCUUGUCAUGACUGGAUGCUUGUUUCAUGAUCCAGUGUAGUAAGAAUCGAGGAGAUCAAAGAAACAGUAAGUUAGAGAGAUGUAUUUGGUUUGAACUGUCCAGAUAGGCAACUCAGUGCUGAUAUUUACAAAAAAAUAAGUUGUAUGUAUGAAAAUGUAAUUACUUUCAUAUCUUCCAGAUUUUGCAUCACAUGAGGGUCUAUGCAGAUCAUGGCAAACCAGCAUUUCACAUGGAAUAUUUCUAGCAGCAAUGCUGUUGAUGGCUUCAUGAUUUUCUAUAAAAAUGAGCAAAUACAUUAAUGCUUCUACCAGUAAAUACAGUUGUGACAUCAUCAGUGUUGUUAGUAUUGCUAGUCAUGCAUUAUUGUUGAAAUGACUACAGUUGUAUGCAGUUAUUUUGCUCUCAAUGGGCCAAUAAAUAGUUCACACCUGAUGUGAUGUGAUUAUGGUACAAAUAAAACAGUCUUAAAAAUUCA